AUGGCCUCUCCAAUUCGGCCUGGAUCCCAGGGAACCUAUGCCUCACCGACAGCCACCUCACCUACCACCGAAUACCCUUUCCCUAGCGUCCCCCAAAGGCAACAUGGAGGCCCAAGAGGUGCCUUGCGCCGUGGGUCGACGUCAAGCUCAAUUGCCAGCACUCUCGAAACGGCUUCCCUCAAUAAUGCUACAAUAACAGAGACGAGCCAAAAUGCUAUCUCAACACUGCUGCAACACCCGAUAAUCCACACCGGCCUGAGAACCGGGACUGUUCCUUCCAACUCAGGGUACAAGGCUCCUACACCCCGCGAUAUCCCUCCCGUCGCCCUCACGAAUAUCCCCCACAUCGAAGCCAAGGCCUUCCAUCCUUACCUGUCGCAGGUCGGUUCUUUGUAUGAAGCGUUCCAAAGGGCCAAAAAUGAGGGUGAAGGCGAAACAUCAUUGUUCCACCGAGACAAGAAGGAUACCAAGAAUGAAGAGUGGGAGGCCAUUCUUAGCAAGCGCUUGCAGCGGCCUGGGCAUUCACGGACGAGCUCGAUGAGCUCGACGACAUCAAUCCAGGUCGAGCCGUCUCAGCCGAAGAGGAGACAGAGUGGCCAACGCUGGCAGGCGGUGACGCCGCUGUCGACAAUCCCAGCUGUCUACUCGGAAGAAGAUUUCCACCUCGAGAACCCCAGGACGUUUGAUAUUGUCUCUGAGAACGCGGAGAUUGUCCGUGACCCAAGCGGAACUCCUUCUGGACGGAAGUCUCUGGCGACAAAUGCGAUCCUGCAAGAGAAGCUGUCGUGGUACAUGGAUACGGUCGAGGUCCACCUGAUCAACUCGAUAUCAACGGCAUCAAAGUCGUUUUUCUCUGCGCUCGGAUCUCUCAGAGAGCUGCACAAUGAGGCUGCCGAUUCGGUCGACCGUAUUCAGCGACUGCGGAAAGAGCUCGCAAGACUUGACAAGGAAAUGGCUAUUGAUGGACUGAAAGUCGUCAAUCUGAAGCAGCGUCGUGACAACGUCCGUCAGUUGGCACAGGCAAUCAUGCAAUUGGAAGACAUUGUCAAAUCUGUGCAAACAUGUGACGACAUGGUUGAACAAGGCGAGAUCGAUGAGGCUUUGGAUCGAUUGGAUGAUGUGGAAGCCUUGAUGGCCGGCAAGGAGAGCAGGUCCCCCAACACGGACCAACAAUCCCGGUAUCAGAGACGUGACCUGCGAAGAAUCAAAGCCCUGGAGGGCGCCUUCGAUGACCUCAGUCAGUUGCGUCAGCGGGCUGGGCGGGGAUAUGAAGCCCGGUUUCACAACAGCCUGCUCAGUGAUAUCAGACGGCACGUUCAGCAAACGGAGACUAGCAUGACCCUUCAAAGAUGGGGUGUCGCCUAUACAAGGCCUAAACCGGGCCAAAGGAGGGCACCUUCUGCAUUCCCGGGCUACAUGAAUAUUGGAUCCGAGCUGAGGGAUGAACUCGAAGCUGAGAUGAGGGGCCUGUCGAGGGCCAGGUAUACCACUCCGGCAGCUACUAGUUUCCGAGCAAUUGUCUUGCGAGAGAUGAAGAGCAUGAUUCGGAAACAGCUGCCGAGCUCCAACGACGAUGACAAUGUUUCUACAGUCUCCGCUUCAACAAUGGGUGGAAGAAACAUGAGCCAGCAGGAGAAGUCGUCAAUUCUGGCCAGAAAUCUGCGAGCUUUGGACGCGCAAGAUUGGUAUCAGAUGCUCGCCACCAUCUACACAAACAUCAGCGAAGGUCUGCGCCGACUCAGCGUGCAAGUCAAGAUUUUGCUGGAUAUCACGAGCAAUUUGCCAGAGCACAUGAUCAAAUCGCCUCCGAGAACUCCUGAUCCGGCAAGUAUCGAUAGAGUGAUGAGCCCUCCGACAGGCCGAGCUCGAGCAACCAGUUCCGUGCAAGCAGAAAUGCAGCAGGUUCUGGAUCUCUCCAGUCUGUUAGGGGAAGGUGUAGAUCUUGCACAGGCACAGAUCACAAAGGUAGUCAGAGUCCGGUCACAGCAGAAUUCAGAGUUGCCGUUGCCUGACUUCUUGCGAUACUUCACGCUCAACCGACUAUUCGCCGAUGAAUGCGAAGCGAUAUCUGGCCGCAGCGGCACGGGCCUCAAAAGUGUUCUUGAUACCCAGAUCAAGGAUUUUGUAGCGCGAUUUGCGGACUCCCAGAAGCAUGAAGUAAUCAAGGUGAUGGACGCUGAUAAAUGGGACGCUAGAGAUUUUGGUGAGCGCGAGAACGAGAUCCUCACUCGGGUCAUGGAAGGCAGUACCAACGAUGCUCUUCGCUGGAUCGAAAGCACAAUGAUCUGGCAGGUGUCCACCAAUGGCGCCGAGGCCAGCAACGGUGCCGCAACUAACGGCACGGCUGCUGCUGGUACAAAGGUGCGCAGUGCUGUGGUCGAUGAACAGAAGUACAUACUACCAGAAUCUGCCAUUGCCAUGCUACGAUCCAUGGAAACCUUCCAACACCUCGCAGCUGGCAUCCCAAGUAUGAGCACCGAGGUGGCGACUUCGUUACUGGAAAGUCUCAAGUUGUUUAAUUCACGAAGCUCCCAGCUGAUCUUGGGGGCCGGUGCCACUAGGAGUGCAGGACUGAAGAAUAUCACGACAAAACACCUGGCAUUAUCGUCCCAAGGGUUGAGCUUCAUCGUCGCACUCAUACCAUAUGUGAGAGAAUUCUUCCGCCGGCAUCUCCCUUCCUCGACAUCUUCGCAAGUGAUGAACGAGUUCGACAAGGUCAAGCGUCUCUUCCAGGAACAUCAGCACGGUAUCCACGAGAAGCUUGUCGACAUCAUGUCUGGGCGGGCCUCGAUGCACGUCAAGGCAAUGAAGAACAUUGAUUGGGAAGAAGCGGCCAAAAACACUGCCGUGCACGUGUCACCCUAUAUGGAGACAUUGACCAAAGAAACGGCCACGCUGCAGAAAGUCCUGGCGAAGCAUCUACCGGAACCUGUGGUCGCGGGGAUCAUGAUGCCGGUGUUUGCAAGUUACCGAGAGCAGUGGACGAACGCGUACAGAGACGUUACCAUCAAGUCCCUCAAGGCAAAAGAAAGGCUACUGGCGGAUGCGUCGUUUUUCAAUCUGCGAAUCAGUAAGAUCGACGGAUCGGGAGAUCUGGGAGAGCAUAUCGUGAAAGUCGUCGAGAACAAGCCAGUGGUCAGCACUGCAGCAGCGUCCUCACCGCCGCCGCCGCCGACACCCCAAUCAACCGGCCCAUCUGAAAUCCCGGCGACAGCAGAAGACGGGGAGCAGAAGCCGGCGUCCGCGCAGCAGAACGGAGAGAAGAAGGCCGAAUCUACCGAGAAGCAGGAAGAUACUAUGACAUAG